AUGGAUAGUAAAUACAGACGUAACGGACGACUAAUAGAUAUAGUGGACGAGGAAUGGAAAGCUGAGCAACUUCCCGAUGAAGAUAUCUUAGUACCCCUCGACGAGCUGCCAGAUCCUGAAGCGGAUAGCGCUGACUCUCACUUAACCCUUAAAGAACAAAGCAUGCGGUGGCAGGAGAACUUUCCAGAACCCGUGAGCAGUAAUCAAAACUAG